ACGGAUCGACAGAAACGCUCCUGUUCCUGUUCUCGCAGCCUGCCUGCCGCGCAGGGGGGUGCCUUCAGCUGCACCACGCGAUCGGUUUGCUUGGAUCGUGAUCGGUUUGACCUACUGGACAUGACCUACUCGUCCUUCUCCAGUGACCGGUACACGCGAUCCUUCGCCGGACGCGGACGGCGGUGGCGCGAAAAACCCGCCGGGGCCGUCGCCGUCGCCGUCGGUGGAGGACGCGAUGAGCUUCGUGCAGAUGGUGAAGGAGGCGUUCAAGGAGCGACAGCCGGACAAGUACGGCCUCUUCCUCCGCGUCAUGGAGGACUUCAGGAAUCAGCGGCUCGACAUCGCCGAGGUGGCCUCCACCGCCAAGGCCCUGUUCCAGGACAACCCUGACCUGGCGCUGAGGUUCAACGUCUUUCUGCCCAAGGGCCACCAGAUCCAGCUCGGGCUUGAUGAGCUCGCCGCCUAUCUCGUCAGGGACAUAAACCUGGGCGCCGACAACAACGACGACGACAGCGAUGGCGGCCAAUGAUGACUCUAUCAGUUACUCUUUCUGCGUGUGCUACACUCGGCAGCUAGAUCUAAGUUAUGGUUUAGUUCUAUAUCGUUUUCCCACAUUUUUUGUUUUUGUUGCUGCCGAUUGUACUGCACACGCCAGCGGUUCCGUUCUACAGUAUGUACAUAAAUUUGCCUUGUCGUCGAUGGUACUCUUUUCGAACAUCAUCAUCAUCACAUCAAGUGAGGAAAAAAAAAGGUCAAGAUUUUUUCACUUCUCGAUC